UCCCGCCCCCUUUGGCUCAGUCCUCGCCCGGCCAAGCCUUUGCAAGGAAGGCAAGAGAGAAGCAGCUGGUGGGGGAAAGGGAGAAGAGGAAGGAGGAAGAAGGCUGGGGAGGGGGAGAGCCAGCCAAAGCAUUGCAGAACCCUCCUCUGAUUGACUUGUUGUGGAGAGCUGCUCUCCACUCAGCAAAGGAUUGGCAGGAGCUGUCCAUUUCAGCACCACUCCGCGCAGCCUUGGAGCUGUCCAUUCAGCACCAGGAUCUCUCCUGAGCGCAGCCUUGGAGCUCUCCCUUUCUCUGCUUUCCGCCUUGCCGGGAUGGGGCGGGAUGGCCUCCUCUCCGGUGCCGCCUCCGCCCAGGAUGCCGGGGCCGAGGCACAGGGCAUCCCGGCUGCCGCGCUCAGGGAACCCGGCUCAGAAUGAAGACGGAGGAGGAGGAGGCAGCGGCCGGAGUGCCUGAGCGGCGGAGGCGGCGGAGGAAGGGGGUCGGAAAGGGAGGCGGCGGCAACGGUGGCCCCCCAGCGCCGCCAUGUCGGUGCCCUUGCUGAAGAUCGGCGUGGUCCUCAGCACCAUGGCCAUGAUCACCAACUGGAUGUCCCAGACCUUGCCCUCCUUGGUGGGGCUCAACACCACCAAGCUCACCGCCGCGUCCGGGGGCACCUUGGAUCGGAGUACCGGAGUGUUGCCGACCAACCCCGAGGAAAGUUGGCAGGUGUACAGUUCUGCCCAGGACAGCGAGGGGCGGUGUAUAUGUACGGUGGUGGCCCCUCAGCAGACGAUGUGCUCACGUGAUGCCAGGACAAAGCAACUGCGGCAGCUAUUAGAAAAGGUACAAAACAUGUCCCAGUCCAUAGAGGUGUUGGACCGGAGGACCCAACGGGAUCUACAGUACGUCGAGAAAAUGGAAAACCAGAUGAGAGGGCUGGAAACAAAGUUCAAGCAGGUGGAAGAGAGCCACAAACAACAUCUGGCAAGGCAGUUCAAGGCGAUAAAAGCGAAAAUGGAGGAGCUUAGGCCCUUGAUCCCAGUGUUGGAGGAGUACAAAGCCGAUGCCAAAUUGGUUUUGCAGUUUAAAGAGGAAGUCCAGAAUCUGACGUCAGUUCUAAACGAGCUCCAGGAGGAGAUUGGCGCCUUUGACUACGAAGAGCUACAGAACAGAGUCUCAAAUCUUGAAGAGAGGCUGCGGGCGUGCAUGCAAAAAUUAGCCUGCGGGAAACUGACAGCAAUCGGCGAUCCGAUUACAGUAAAAACAUCUGGAUCGAGAUUUGGUUCCUGGAUGACGGAUCCGGUGGCUCCAGAAGGUGAAAACAAGGUCUGGUACAUGGACAGCUACCACAACAACCGCUUUGUUCGGGAGUACAAAUCCAUGUCGGAUUUCAUGAACACGGACAACUUCACGUCCCAUCGCCUUCCCCAUCCAUGGUCCGGGACGGGCCAAGUGGUCUACAACGGCUCGAUCUAUUUCAACAAAUACCAAAGCCACAUCAUCAUCAAGUUUGACUUGAAGACGGAGACCAUCCUCAAGACGCGGAGCUUGGACUACGCCGGCUACAACAAUGUCUACCACUACGCCUGGGGUGGGCAUUCGGACAUUGACCUCAUGGUGGACGAGAACGGCCUGUGGGCCGUCUACGCCACCAACCAGAACGCGGGGAACAUUGUCAUCAGCAAGCUGGACCCCAACACCUUGCAGAGCCUCCAGACGUGGAACACCAGCUACCCCAAACGCAGCGCCGGAGAAGGCUUUAUCAUCUGCGGCACUUUAUACGUCACCAACGGUUACUCCGGCGGCACCAAGGUGACGUACGCUUACCAGACCAACACCUCCACGUACGAGUAUAUAGAUAUCCCCUUCUUAAAUAAAUACUCCCACAUUUCCAUGUUGGACUACAACCCGAAAGACAGGGCUCUCUACGCCUGGAACAAUGGUCACCAGAUACUUUACAACGUCACGCUCUUCCACGUCGUCCGAUCUGACGAGUUGUAGUCCACCCGAACGGUCGGGUAAACAGAACGCCGGCAACGAAGAAGCCAGAGCUCUGUGCAAUAUAUGGAAAUAGAUUUUAUAGAAAACCCAGCUGCCAAAAUAGCCAAAGGAGAGGAGCCGUUGUUGUCAAGGUCGGCGCACCGCUCUCCGAUGGUUAACGAAAAGUGCGCUCCCAAAAAAACCAGGGGUAAACAAUAACAAUACAAGAGACCACUCAUUUGCAGCUGGAACUGCACUUGACAAACCAUUUUAUUUUUCGGUUGUGGUUUGGUUUUGAUUUUCCAGGGGUUUGGGGGAGAUUUCGGGGGGGGUUGUUUCUUUGCCUUCUUUUGUUCCAAUAGCAACGCUGUAGUAAAAUGUCAAGGCAAUGACUGUUGGAAAUGUAUCGUCGAGGUGGGUAGGGACACACGUUUCUCUCUCUCUCUCAUCCGCACCCACCCACUCUAUUUUGGUGUUUUGCAUGGACAUUUCCUACAUCACAACCGGCUCCGAUGGUUGUAUGGAGUUGUUGGGAAAAGGGGUGUUCAUUAAAUAUCCCCCCCCCCCCGACCCACUUCCUGUGGACUGAGAGCAAUACAACUUGGCCCAGUUCUGAGUCCUUCUUUCCAUCGGUGCCACCAUCUAGGGACACACUCUUCUUCCAUCUUUUGAAGCAAAUGUCAACACCUCACUUCUGGAAGUCAACAGGUUGCUCCAAAAGCUAUGUUGUGACUUCAGAAAGCAGAGUCUCAUCAUCUGAGAAAGGCUUGCCCUUCCAAAAUAACUUCCUUGUUGGAAAGAGGUGGCAGUCCGAUGGUGCGAGGUGGGGUGAAUCAGGAGGAUGCGGAAGAAUGUCCAAGCCACAGGAGCAUGCUUCUUCCAUUUGGGCAACAGGUGAGUUGGGAACGGGUGCCUUGCCUUGCCUUUGGUGAGCGUGCCACAUUGUCUCUUGGUUUGGAUGGCCUCCCACAGUGAGGCCUAGCCUGCCCCAGUGAUGCUGGUCCCCUUUGCUAGGAAAUCCAUCCGUACAACUCCGUGCUGGUCCCAAAAUACUGUGAGCAUGACCUUGCCUGCUGAGAGUUGGGGACGUCCCUUCUUUGGAGACAGUGAGUCAGGAUGCUUCCAUGGCAUUGACUGGACUUUAGUCUCAGGAUCAGAGUGAUGGACCCAGCUUUCAUCCACUGUGGUGACAAAGUCCUCCUGGUUUCCAUGGCACGUCCUUGUCAAGAGAGCCUGAGAGCAUUCGCCUCGUUCCUGCUUCUGCAAAGGUGUGAGUGAGCGAGUGGAGACCUUAUGCAGGUGAAGAUGGUCUUGGGUGAUUUUUUCCAUGGACCCCACACUCAUCUUGACAUUUUGGGCUCGGUGGCGCAGGGUUAUGUGGUGAUUUUCCAAAAUGACGACCUCCACUUGCUGGAUGGUGUGUCCAUCAAGAGCACAGUGGGGUCGCCCUGAGGUUGGAGGUGUUUCCACCAAAGUCCGACCACAUUGAAGUGGACAACGCCAGUUCUUGACUCCAUCAUCUGUUGGGGAAUCCUCACCAUGAACCUCUUUCAUCUCAUCGAACGUCUCCUUUGGUGUGCGGACUUUCGAGUAAAGGAACUUGAGGACUGAGCUGUUUCCACCAAAGUCCGACCACAUUGGGAUUGACGAUGCCAGUUCUUGACUCCAUCAUCUGAUGGGAAAUCCUCACCAUGAACCUCUUUCAUCUCAUCGAACGUCUCCUUUGGUGUGCGGACUUUCGAGUAAAGGAACUUGAGGACUGAGCUGUUUCCACCAAAGUCCGACCACAUUGGGAUUGACGAUGCCAGUUCUUGACUCCAUCAUCUGAUGGGAAAUCCUCACCAUGAACCUCUUUCAUCUCAUCGAACGUCUCCAUUGGUGUGCGGACUUUCGAGUAAAGGAACUUGAGGACUGAGCUGUUUCCACCAAAGUCCGACCACAUUGGGAUUGACGAUGCCAGUUCUUGACUCCAUCAUCUGAUGGGAAAUCCUCACCAUGAACCUCUUUCAUCUCAUCGAAUGUCUCUCUUUGGUGUGCGGACUUUUGAGUAAAGGAACUUGAGGACUGAGCUGUUUCCACCAAAGUCCGACCACAUUGGAAUUGACGAUGCCAGUUCUUGACUCCAUUAUAUGAUGGGGAAUCCUCACAAUGAACCUCUUUCAUCUCAUCGAAUGUCUCCUUUGGUGUGCGGACUUUCAAGUAAAGGAACUUGAGGACUGAGCUGUUUCCACCAAAGUCUGACCACAUUGGGAUUGACGAUGCCAGUUCUUGACUCCAUCGUAUGAUGGAGAAUCCUCACCAUGAACCUCUUUCAUCUCAUCGAACGUCUCCGUUGGUGUGCGGACUUUCGAGUAAAGGAACUUGAGGACUGCUCUGUAUUCCGCUGGGUCCAUCCUCAAACCUCACUCCACUUCCGCACCUGUCACAUCACGACCAUUCUCAGUUCUGGGUUGUAAAUUGGCACGUAACCUAUAGAGACUUUUAUGAUUACACAUGUGCAGUUUCAGAGUCCUGUGACAAAUAGAAGUGGGUCCGGGGAAAUCAUUAAUGAACGCCCCUCAUAUGACAUUGGUCGGCCGUGUCUUUUUCAAAAAAUAAUAACAAAGGAGGGUUGGUGAAUGAAGUUUUUUUUCCUCCAUUGCAGCUAGCUACCGGUCCUUUCCCCAUCUCUUUUUCCUCUGUGUUUUAUGUCACCUUUAGAAUAAUUGUUCGGAGACCCAAAGUAGCUAAUGAAUCUGUGUCUUUAGUAGCUAUAAAAUACAAAAAAAAUGGGAAAAAAAUAAUGAAAAAAAGGUAUGUAUUAUGGACAAGUCGUUGUACCCAACUAUUUGUUUAAACAUGUAUCCAGCCAAUAUCUUGUACACUGUAUGUCUGUUAUUAACCAGAGGUGGGAAAAAAAUAAUACUUUGUAUGUCCAAGUUUAUGCAAUGAAUGUUGUACAUGGAAAUGACGUCCUUUGGAUUAAUAAAUGAAGGUUUCAUAUCUUUAAAAAAAA